CAGCCAUGUCGGCACAGAUAGGACUAUCGGGGGAGCCACCUGGUAUAUGGCCCGAUCUUGCCCGCCGUGCAAAGGAAAAGAUCAAUCAGUAUGAAUACAUCCCAUCUCUAGACGAUGAAAAGCUCGUUCCUUGCAUGAUCGCACUACUGGACUACCUACCCGAAGGAGGUAGGGAGUCGAUUGCCCGCGAUAUCCUGGGUUGUGAGAGCAACAAGAAGAAGCUGUAUGAUGUCUUUCAGAACAUCCGUAGCUGCCUUCUUUUUGCUAUGAAGGCUGCCGGACAUAGUUCCAUCAAUAGAACUCCAAUUGAUGAUGACAGGAAGGACAACGUUGAACCUAUAAUCUCAGAAUUAAAUUAUCCGCAACACCGAGAGCGCCAAUUUCGGGAUAAGGUGCUCUAUCGUGAUAGAUUUCGGUGUGUCGUGACGAAAGAUAUGGACUUUAAUCACUGGGAGAAGGUCGGGGAACCCGCCGGAAUUAUGUACUCUGAGCUGGAAGCAGCACAUAUAAUCCCCCUUCCACUAGCCUCGUGGAAGGAAUCCCCCACUGCCUCGUUUGACGCCAGUAACGUAUGGGAGAUGCUGUACCGAUGUUUUCCGAAAGUGCGACAAAUAGGCAUGAAAGUGGACAAUAUUAAUAACCCAUGCAAUGGCAUUUCCUUGCGGGACAGUUUACAAACCCAGUUCAGAAAAUUUCACCUUGCUUUUGCUCCGACAGCCAUUCCUAACACAUACAAAGUGAAAACAUAUUUAGCUUUCCCGACCUACCUAAGAAGAGAUAUCCCAUAUGAUGGAUUCAUCUGCUUCACGGACUCUAGCAAUGCGCAUGACGUUCCUUUGCCGGAUGCAGCGUUAUUCGAUUGCCAUUACAGGGUUGCGGAAGUUCUCAAUGCAUCAGGGAUGUUGGGAGAGAUAGAUACAAAGAUCGAAGAGUGGGAAGAUAUGGAAGUGAACAUGUGGGAUGACCAUUUGGCGGAAGACGGGACAACGGACAUUUCUGCUCAAAGUCCUUAAAACUGAGGCGAUGAUGAUUGUUUAUCGAAUAUUAAAUGGCACGGAAGUAUGUCUGAUUUCAACCGCAUAGAUUGUACAUCUAGGCUGCUUGACUUGCUUGCUUGAUUCUAGUUCGAAGGGGUCAUUUGAAGUCAUAUUUAUCCCCUAUAG